AUGGGCCCAUCAUUGAUUGUUGGAUGCCUCUGGUUUCUUCUCAUCGGUUUUAUGUUCUUUGCACAGCAUCAUGUCUGUGAUGCUUACUUUGUGCCUGCUAUCAAUGUAUUUGUUGGAAAGAUGAAGCGCAGCGACAACCGGUGGCUGCAGCGCUGGGGUGAGGAAGCAGUGGCUGGAGCUACGAUCUGUGCGCUCGGGUGCAAUGGCCCUGAAAUGUUUACCAACCUGAUAUCACUGUACACUGGCUCUGAUGCCGGAAUUGGUGUUGUGGUUGGGUCUGAGAUCUUCAACCUUCUGAUCAUUGUGGGCUUGACAAUCUCAGCAGCACCAGUCCUGCCGCUUGCGCUCGAGCGGGUGCCAUUUGCUCGGGACUGCCUGUUCUACGCCCUGUCCAUCAUCUUGCUGUACUGGGCAUUGCUUGAUCGGAAGAUCGAGUCUUUCGAGGCAUGGGUGCUGCUUGCUGCGGCCGGGAUCUAUGUUACAUGCGUGUAUUUUACUGACGACUUCGUUCAGUGUAUUCCAGCUCUACAGCCGGCGAAGGUGGAGGUGCAGGACGUGGAAUCUCCGUCGAAAAGGAAGGGGAAGAUGCAUGGCGUCGAGGUCGAAGUUGAAGAAAUCCUGCAUGGUCGCAUGGUUGAUGCCCAUGGAGCAGGCGGUGCUGAGAAAUGGAACCUCGAUGCCACCGAGCACGGAAUCUAUGCAGAGUCAGCUGAAGUAGAGCAAGAGAUAAAGGGCAAAAAUCGUGGCUCCAUUGGCUUCCAAUUUGAGGGUGGCGAUGCAAUGCUGGGUUCGGUGCUGAAGUACAAAGACUUGAAAGAGGUGGUCCUCAUGGACAUGGGCGUUAUCAAUCUGGAGUUCAUCCACAAUCUGCAGCACAUCACCUUACGGCUGACAGUGGAAGAUGCAGUAAAGCGCGCAGAGCUUCUAGACAACAUCCAGGAGUUUUCUCUUCAAAGACCUUGGGUCCAUGGCUAUGAUGCAACAAUUCGAGGUGCCUGGCAGCAUCUUCGCCACUCGAUGAUGUCCAAAGAUCCGCCUCUUGCCAAACUCCUUGCCAUCCCCCAUUUCCUCAUCGACGGCUUGCUCAAGCUCACGCUCUUUGCCGUGGAUGUGAAAGACACGAGAAAAGAAGGCCGAUGGCCUUUGUGCUUUGUUGGGGCCAUGUUCUGGUUGGCGAUCUUCUCCUUCUUAAUGUUGGAGAUCGCGAAUGAGAUUCACUACAAUAUCCCGGCACUGCCAAACAGCUUCCUGGGGAUCACAGUUUGUGCCAUUGGCACCUCGUUCCCCAAUGCUGUGGCUUCUGUUCUCAUGGCGCAGCAGAACAAGCCAGCGGCGGCAAUAGCCAAUGCGCUUGGCUCAAACGUGCAAAAUGUUUUCCUUGCCAUGGCACUGCCUUGGGUCAUCUUUCAAUUGCAACAUGGUGGCAAGCCCAUUGAUCAGAAUGUCGCGGGCAUCAAUGAGGGUGUUCUGUGGAUGAGUGGCACCUUGAUCCUGGUGGUCUUCUUUGUAUUUCUUCCGCCAUUUUGCAAGCUCUCAUAUGCGUAUGGGCCAGUACUCGUCUCGGUGUACCUGGCUUACCUCGUGGUGACGAGUGGCGAGACCUUCCACUGGUGGCCUCCACUGGUCAAAUGA